AUGGACCUUCGUAUGCUGGUCCCUGUCAUCGGCCUAAUCACCCUGGUGAUACUUGGUGACAUUGCUGCUGCACAGUCAAUAACAGCAACAUCUUUACCAUCCCACCCGGGAUGCUAUGCUCGUUGCAGGUAUAUCGAAUUGGACUACGACCCUGGGCAGACGGAAGAGCUAUGCGACAAGGAAAGGGCCCUUGGAUCACUGUUUCUGGAGAACAUAAAGGCCUGCGCCGACUGUGUUCGAGACGAGGGCGGGCUAAACGAUUUCUUCGACACUGUGGACGCACAAGAUGCUCUGAAGAUAGUGAAUUUGUGUCAAUCUCUGUAUACCAGUGAUCAUUCAGAAAUGAUCUCCGCGAUGUCUGUGAUCAUGGAGACUGGGAGUGUGCUGGGGAAAAUAUCGCCGACGAAGUCGCCUACCUCCACCAGUGUUCCUACAGCGACUCAAACCAGUGAAUCACAAGCAACCACAGACGCAGGCUCCUCAGAACCAACAGCGUCUACCGAAGACUCAUCAACUUCAGGGUCGAGAGCGUGGGUGGCCGGCCCAGUUGUCGGAUCAGUCGCCGGGGUUUCUGGUAUUAUAGGGGCAGCUUUCCUAUUAAUUAGGAGACGCAAUCGACGUAAAACCGCCCAGGAUACUACGGAACAGGGCAGUGGACCAGAUAAGCUUCAUGAUAAACCAGAGCUGCCGGCUGAAGAGCGUAUUCGCCAUGAGCUGGAUGGUCAAUAUCCCGUGGAGACCGAGGCACGAACGGCCCCGCAGGAAUUGAACGCGGGCGAGGUUGCUGAGCUUCCUGCAGAUAAUGGGAAAUAG